GAAGAGAGGGAGGCACAUAAAAUAAAAAUAAAUAAAUAAUUUUUUUAGAAAAAAAAAAAAAAACUGGAAAAAGGCUGUGGCCAAAAUGGCCACGCGAUGUCCUCUGAGCUCAUCUUCGUAUCAUCAUCGUUUUUCUUCGUAUUAUUACUCCACUUCCUCAUCAUCCCUUCCAUUCAUCUCCCCGUCUCUGAAGAAGGAGGAGCUCCGCCUCCCACGCCGCAACCGACUCUCCGUGCGCGCCAUGGGCUCCUCUCCAUCUUCUCAGGGACAAGAACAAGUUCGAGAACCUGGAAAAGUUGAUCCUGCUUCCCUGUCUGAUGAAGAAUGGAAGAAACGCCUUACACCCGAGCAGUAUUACAUUACCCGGCAAAAGGGUACUGAGAGGGCUUUUACAGGGGAAUAUUGGAAUACUAAAACCCCAGGCACUUACCACUGUGUCUGUUGCGACACUCCUUUAUUUGAAUCAAGCACAAAAUUUGACAGUGGAACAGGCUGGCCAUCCUACUACCAGCCUAUUGGUAACAAUGUCAAAACGAAGCUAGAUACGUCUAUCAUAUUCAUGCCUCGGACGGAGGUUCUUUGUGCUGUUUGUGAUGCUCAUCUUGGCCAUGUCUUUGACGACGGUCCGCCGCCUACGGGAAAGAGAUACUGCAUCAAUAGUGCAUCCCUAACGCUGAAGCCGCAGUAGCCGAGCUUUUGUAUACGAACUGAGCUCCAGAGUUUUGAGUGUUAUGUAUAUAUAGGUCAUCACUGCCAAAAACAUUCAAGUCAAACUCUUGCUAUGUUAAGUUACAAGUUGUAGUACAGUAAGUGGAAAUGCAUGUAGAUUAUGGAUCAAAAGAUUGUGCUAAUGAUUGAGAUUUAUGUGCACUUUUUAUGCGGUUAUUUCAUCAUACGCUUUCCUUGUUC